CUCCUAGAAAUGGAGGCAAAUGUCAACCCCUUGGCCGUGAUACUGGUAUAUUUUGACAGCAAAGGCGACCGCCUGCUCUAUCGGUAUCCCUAUCAGACUCUGGGACAAACAGAGGUGGCCACGGAGGAGCAGCGAAAGUCCAGAAAACGAAACCCCUAUGCCGCCGCAAACACUGACGACUUGCUUCAGACGCCCACACACAUCAGCGCUGCGAAGAGUCAGGGCCAGCUGCAGGGAUUUGCCGAUGAUGUCCUGUCCGCUCUCUUUGCCGUUAAGCCGCAGCUUUGCAACCAAAAGUUCGAGCUGAAGCUGAACGAUGUGAGGUUUGUUAGCCAUCCCACGCUAAUUCCCCAUAAGGAGCAAAGGCCCAGCAAUGCCAGCAGCAGUAUUUCCCUGCCCUCAGCUGGUGGGGUUACUGCGAAUCCGGCACCAGCUGCUCCAUCCUCCGUCUUGGCGGUCAAAAAGCAACAGAUGCUCAUCAACAUAGUCUUUGCCCUACAUGCCCAGGCCAGCUACUCGAUUGUGAAGUGCUACCACGAGCUAAGCAAACGCCUAGGGCUGGCCCUGAAGUUUGAGGAACAACGCAGCGGCUACCUUACGGAGCAGACGGCCCACAUGGCCCGCACACAUGACGAGCAGCAGCAGCAGCCCCUGGAGCGAACACUCGAGCUGAUUGCGGAGAGGUGCAGCCUGGCACAGGCCCUGAAGUCUAUAUUCCAUGAUCUGUGCACCACAGGCCUCCUCAGCACAUCGCUGAAUCAGAAUCUGACGCUCUGCUUCUGCCUGCCGGCCAAGGCACACCAGCUGCACAAGAAGGGAAGCAUGGUGGAUCCCGAGACGAUAGAUCGCUGUCUGCGGGCUCUCAAGCCGUACCACGGCAUGCUUCUGCUAGUGGACUUCGCGGAGCUGCUCGACUGUGUCCCGCCCACGGGGGCCAGGAUGUUGUGGCAGCUGGUGGACGCCUACAAUCCACUGAUAAGCCUACAGAGCAUGGCCUCAAACGCGGACCUAAGCAUCGAGCACGUCUACAAGCUUGUCUCUCACCUGGUCUACUGGGCCAAGGCCACCAUCAUUUAUCCGCUGUGCGAGACGAAUGUGUACGUGAUUGCCCCAGACGCUCCGCUGCACACCAAGUCGCAUCUGGUGGAGAAGUUCUCCACGCGCUUUGCGGGCAUGUCCCUGUUCGAGGUCAUCUCCGAUUUCUCGCUGCCCACAUCGAUUGGACAUCUGACCACGCCCCUACAGCAGCCGGCACGGCAGGGAAUCCUCGCUCAGAUGGUUUUGUGGAUGCUGCAGCACCACCUGCUCAUGCAGCUGCACACCUACGUUCAGUUCAUGCCCAGCGAGGAUGAGUUCGGCGACUCCGCGUCCUGUGGGCAUCAGCUGCGUGGAGCCAGCGACGAUGAGGGGGACCAGGACGCCGAUCAGGACGAGCUGCACGACGGCUCCAUGCUGAGCAUGUCCAGCCAGCCGUUGCCAGUUCCCGUGGCAUCUAUCAAUCAUCGUCGAGACGUCUCCGAGGAUCAUUCCUCCCUAGCCUCGGAUAACAUUGCCGUGCAGCCCUCGUCCAGCCACAAGUCGAACUUCAGCAUGACCGCCUCGCUGAGCACGGAAAAUUGCGACAGCAUCGACUCCAUGGAGGAUGAGCAGAAGCUGAAGGAACUGCUGCAGGUCUUCAACGAUGCGGAUCGGGCCGCCAUCCGCCGGAUACCCGCCUCGCUCAAUGUCGACGAUCUGGCGCUGCUUGUCAAGCUCUAUCAGAUGGGCUACUUCAAAAGCGAGCAUCAUCUCGAGGAGAUAAUGUACUUUGAGAACCUGCGCCGUUCCCAACUUCUGCAGCUGCUUGACAAGUUCCGCGACGUGCUGAUCAUCUAUGAGACGGAGGAUCCGGCCAUUGCCUCCAUGUACAAUAACAAGUAGUUUAAGUUGAAACAAUUAAGCAUUCCGAGCGCAGCCAGAAGAAUUCGAGUAAUUCGA